ACUCGCACACUGGAGGGCAUUAUGGGAGUGACGUCAGGCCGGUGAUGUCACAAUUCCCUCCAUGAUGGCUGCCGGUGCAAUGUUGUCACCAAGAACCUUCCUCCUCUCCCCGGCUCUUCUAUACCAUCUGCCCUCAAGAUGCCUGUCAACAUCCCACAGCAGCCAACAGAAGGAUGGCUGGUUCAACAAGCUGCUGGUGAGGAAGAUUGAGCCCACCAAGGAGUCCCACUCUCGUAUGCUGUCAGACAAGGAGGUCAUCUUUGAGCUACAGACACACAACAUCAAGCCUGGCACAAGCAAAGAAUACCUUAAGAACUAUGAGGAGUAUGUCAAGGGAGUAAAGGACAAAGGAGACCUUAGCAACAUGGAGCUUCAUGGAUCGUGGACAGUGUCGGUGGGAGACCAGGACCAGUGUGUGCAUCUGUGGAAACAUGCCGGAGGUUACCGAGCCAUCGAUGCCUCCAACUCAGUUAUAGCCACAGACAAUGACCUCUCAAAAUUGGUCCAGGACAGAAAUCAAUACCUUCGACAACGCACAAAUCAGUUCCUUCUUCCCUUUAGCUUUUGGCCGCCAGUCACUCCACGCGAAGGAGGAAAUAUAUACGAGAUUCGCUCAUACUUUCUCAAGCCGGGCACCAUGAUUGAGUGGGGCAACAACUGGUCAAGGGCAAUCCACUUCCGCCAAGCUAACAAUGAAGCAUUUGGCGGAUUUUUCUCUCAGGUCGGGCGCCUGUACAAUGUCCAUCACAUCUGGUGCUAUAGCUCUCUGGAGGGGAGGAAGGAGGCACGUGAGAAUGCUUGGCGCCACCCAGGCUGGGAUGAAGUUGUGGCCUACACUGUGCCGCUAAUCAAGGAGAUGCACGCCAGGAUCCUCGUGCCAAACUACUUCUCCCCAGCGCAGUAGUCACCACAGAUGCACACACACACAUUCAGUCAGACUCACACACACACUGUCAGGCCUGCUCACCACCAUCACUAUUGCUGCCACCUUGGGAGUGCAUAGAAUUUGAUGUGAAUUCCUGUGACCUAAGAAAGAUUCAAUUGCCCCAGUUUGCCCUAGAUUGUUUUGUAUAUAUAUAUAUAUAUAUAUAUAUAUAUAUAUAUAUAUAUAUAUAUAUAUAUAUAUAUAUAUAUAUAUAUAUAUAUAUAUGGUACUACAUCAAACACAAAAGUAGAGAAGGAAACUGAGUUUGUAAGUCAAAAGUAAGAUCAUUAGUUAUAAGUUGUUGAUCAGUUCCCAGUCAAUGCUACUCUACCAUCAAGAGUUGCUUCCAGAUAACAUGGAUCCUAAUUCUCACAUGUUUGUCACAUUAUCCUAACUACUUCCAAUAGAUUGCAUUGGAAGUUAUUGUGGUUUCAAAAGUGUUUUCACAAUUCUAAUGUUAGUUUGAUGAGGAUCCUGCACUAUCAGUUGGAGAAAAUACCUUGAAAACCUAUCUAACUAUGCCUGUGGUCUUUGAAAAAUAGCCAUGAUUCAAAGACACAGCAUUUAAGAAUACAAGUGCUUAUAUGAUGUGUGGUGUGUGAUUGUAAGUGUCGUUGUGCUUGUGUUAGAGAAGACUAGUUCUUGUACUGGAGGAGCCUCGGUUGUUCCUAGUGUGUAGUGUUAAUGAAUUGGGUAUAUUGUGUCAGGUGGUACUAGAGCAAUAUAAGAUGACAAAACUGUACAGCUUGUGUAUAGGCAUCUACUUGGUUUGUGUAUGUAUGUAUGUAUCAUAGAUCAUGUGGGUUGCAUUCAAUUGCUCAGUGAAAUCUUUAUCAAGGCCUGUAAACUUAAUGUACAUUUUGUUUUAUAGACUUCCACUUUAAUGGGAGAGAGGCUGAUGUUGGUAUUAUAUGUAAAUGUUAAAAAAAAAAAAAUGGUGUUAAGUACCACUAAACAAAACCUGUUCAGAUGUUUUUGCUACUUUUGUAAUGACUAAGUACAUACACUUGUCUACAGCCUUGUUGAGUGUACAUGGAUCUGUAUCUUGGUAAAUGUUAGUUUGACGGUUGAACUAUAGCAACAGUAUUGUUUUUGUUUUCUCAUUUAAUUUUUUUUUUUCCAUUUUAUGUUAAUAUUCAGGAAAAGAGUUGAGUUUUGCAAGUGUUAAAACAUUGUCAGAUUUCUGUUCUAUUUCUUAUUCUUGCUUGUGUGGAGAGAGAGAGAGAGAGAGAGAUGGUAUUUAAUUUGAAGACAGUUGCACUUUAAAUGCAUGGUACUCUGUGCAUUUUUAUGUAUAUGUGAGGGAAUGAGAAAAAUGAGAUGUUUACAGUAUUUACUGUAUGUAUGGUGUAUGGUACAGUUGAAAGUAAUGGUCUACUGCAAAGUAUAUGUAGUAUCAAUAUGUAUACUUUGAGUGUAUUGUUCUUGUGUGGCACUGGUGACCAACUCUCCCUGGGGCAGCGAGGGACAGCGCUUGAGUUAAACAAAAAAUCGGAAAAAAAAACUGAAUAAAAAGGAAAUAAAUAGUUAGCUGGUUGGAUAAUGAUGGUGAUGUGAUAAAGCAUUGUAUAUUUCUCUGUAUCUAUAAAAUUGACCAGUAACCUUU